CUCAGGUGAUCCGCCCGACUUGGCCUCCCAAAGUGCUGGGAUUACAGGCAUGAGCCAUUGCGCCCGGCCCACUUUUUUACCUAGUUUGUUGUCUCUCAUCCCGACCAGAAUAUAACCUUUGUGAGGGCUACAGUUUGUUGUCUAUUUAUUGCCCACCUCCAUGUCCUUGCCACACAGUAGGUUCCCAAUAAAUGUAUGUUGAAUAAUUAAUAAAUAAAGACUACAUUCUAAUGAUAAUGGCUAACAGACCACGUGAUUUACAUAUUUAUUUGGUUUAUUGUAUUAUCUGCCUCUGCCUUUUAGAACAUAAACCUUCUGGGGGUGGGAAUGUUGAGUCCCUACUGUCUGGCAGGCACUGUGCUGGGCUGGGGUUCAAUGGUGACCAAAACCGGCAAAAUCCUGCCCUCCCUCCGUCAUGGGGAGGAACUGCUAAUGGGCAUGGGGAUUUUUUUCCGGGUGAGGAAAAUGUUCUAAAAUUUAGUUGUGGUGAUAGUUGCACAACUUCAUGAAUAUGCUUUUAAAACCCAUUAAAUUGGACACUAGCUGGCUGAACUUGAUGGGAUGUAAAUUACAUCUCAAUAAAGCUGUUUGGGAAAUCCAGCCUUCACAGUUGUUGAUUUGUGUGAGGAGGGAAGGAGAGAUGGGGGGACAUGGGACAGGGAGAAAACAACAUAAAUCAUAUAUAUAUAGCAUGCAAAUUAGGUGAUCAGCACACAAUAGGCAUUCAAUAAAUGUUGAAAUAAUGACACCCCACUGUCUCCUUGCCCUCAAAUGGUCUCCCCUAAUGUAUCCCCUGUUGUCUUGCUUCUUCUCUUCCCACUUGCAGAGCCUGCUGCCCACGUCUCUUCCCUGAGCUGCCUGCUGGGGUCAUGGAGCUGCCAACAAAGCCUGGCACCUUCGACCUGGGCCUGGCCACAUGGAGCCCUUCCUUCCAGGGGGAAACCCACCGGGCUCAGGCACGCCGCAGGGAUGUUGGCAGGCAGCUGCCUGAGUACAAGGCUGUGGUGGUGGGCGCCAGUGGCGUGGGCAAGAGUGCGCUGACCAUCCAGCUGAACCACCAGUGCUUCGUGGAGGACCACGACCCCACCAUCCAGGAUUCCUACUGGAAGGAGUUGACCCUGGACAGUGGGGACUGCAUUCUGAAUGUGCUGGACACAGCAGGGCAGGCCAUCCAUAGGGCCCUGCGUGACCAGUGCCUGGCUGUCUGUGAUGGUGUGCUGGGUGUCUUCGCUCUCGAUGACCCCUCGUCUCUGAUCCAGCUGCAGCAGAUAUGGGCCACCUGGGGCCCUCAUCCCGCCCAGCCCCUUGUCCUCGUGGGCAACAAGUGUGACCUUGUGACCACUGCUGGAGAUGCUCAUGCCGCUGCUGCAGCCCUCGCACACAGCUGGGGGGCCCACUUCGUGGAGACCUCAGCCAAAACACGGCAAGGCGUGGAGGAGGCCUUUUCCCUGCUGGUCCAUGAGAUCCAGAGGGUCCAGGAGGCCAUGGCGAAGGAGCCCAUGGCAAGGUCCUGUAGGGAGAAGACCCGGCACCAGAAGGCCACCUGCCACUGUGGCUGCUCUGUGGCCUGAAGGUCUUGGCCAAGAGAUGUAGACCUUCCCCCAGGCCAGGGUGAUUGUUCAUUUGACAUGAGACCCCUGAGGCAACUAGCUUUGAGAGACACAUCUGGUAUACUAGGGAAAGAUGGACACCUCUCUUGUUUUCACUUGGUGAGGGGCU